AUGCCAGGAGCACGACCAGCAACAGACAUGCCCGAAGACCCCAAGAACCUGAAGGCCUCUGCCAAGCAAGAAGACAAGGAGACCCGCAAGGCACAGUCCACCAACGACGGAGAGAACAAGACGGGCAGUGGACAGACGGAGUAUUUGAGUCGGAAGAACCAUAGUAGCAGGAAUAGUGAUGAGGGAGAGAAGACGAGAUAG